AUGUACGCCACACGGUUUGUCAAGCUGCUACUGGUAGCUCUCGCUAUUAUCUGCGUCGCCCAGGCAUCAUGGAUCGACCUCAACAAAAUCCACCUCAAGGAGCGUCGAGUUAUGCGAAGAGCAAGCCCUAGUCAAAAACCCGAGGACGUCAUAGCAAGUGCAACACUACCAAUCGAUGUACCCUCGGUUUCUCAGGCAGAACCAGAUACAGCUGCUCCCACGGACGCAGUAGACUCCAAGUCUGAUGCACCUGUCGAUACCGCCUCCGAUGAAGCUACCCAGGCUACCGACGAGCCUUCAAAGGCAUCUGCUACUGCUGCUGAGUCUACUGCCGAUAAACCUGCAGAGACCACGCCCGCGGAGCCUUCCCCCACCAAGGACAGCUCUACUACCAAGGCUGUCGAGAAAUCUACCGCUGCCGAUAGCAAGCCCGCCGAGACUUCUGCUCCUGCACCCACCGAGGCCACCGACGACACACAGUCUACUGCCGCUGCUUCUGCCACUGACGAGAACACCGCUGCCGAGUCGACAGCGGCGGCUGCUUCAUCUACCACCGCCGCCGCCAACAGCAGCAAGAACCAAAACGAUGACACCAGCAGCACUGCAACCGGUAGCGACGAGGAGGCCAGCAGCACUGCAGCCGAGAAAGACACUCGAACUACCGCCAAGCCUGUCACCUCUACCCACAUUGCCGUUGUCACGAGGACCAACGACAAUGGUGAUCUCGAGACUAUGACCACUACGAGUGUGUCUACCUCUACACCUGGACUCAGCGACGGUGAUGACGACGGCAGCUCCUCUGGCAUGUCAACCAAGACUCGCAACACUGUUAUUGGCGUUGUUGUCGGUAUUGGUGGUGCUAUUGUCGUCGGUGCUCUUGGUCUGGUUGCCUGGAGAAUCUGGGGACGCAAGAAGCACAACGAAGAGGCUGAUGGUCUCAUGGACUUUGACGAGUCCAACAGCCACAGCCGCCCCAACAGCAACGGCCCUUACCACAGUAUUGAGAAGACCGAGUACAACAGUGUUGGUAGUGCUGGUCCCCAGCGCAGCCCAUUCGCGUCGACGUUAGAGAAUUACCAUCAACCAACGCCUGUAAACGCAUCAUCCAACUUUUAG